CAUGGAUGGUAAAACAACUCAACAUCGUUUAUCGACAACGUGAUUGUGAUCAAUGCUUCCUGAGGAGUUUAUAUAAAAGCGCUGGCGCAUUCAGGACGGUCUGAUCACAUCAGCAAGGCCGAAGAGAGCGAAAACAUCUACAUCGACUACGCAUACCCACAUCAAACGACCAUACCAGCUUUGGUUUGGACUUUAAACAUACUACUACAUCUUCGCCCAAGACCUGUGUGCGAUACAUAUACACAGUUUCAUUUAUCUGUGCGAAAAUCAAUUAUUAUUUAAAUAUCGAUUUCAGUUCCAGACUUGAACUCCAACACGAAUUGAGAAAAACUCGAAGCCACAACAACGAACACAAUCGCCAGAAGAAUCAAAUAUGGCAAUCGCCUACUACUACGCAGCACACUUCACCAAGCCAACGGUGCAUUGCGCCGGAUGGAACCCCCAGCCACAAACCAACAACGAGCCACCGGCUCACCACCAUUCUAUAUCUACUGCUCCACGCCAUUUCGUGCCCACCGGAUACGUAGACGGACAACAAGAAUCCGUCUUCUUUCGCUUGCCCGCGGAGCUACGGCAUGAGAUAUACAAGGCACUCCUCUGUCCCGACGUACCAAAAUUAAAAGAGCUGGCACAGAGUACCCAUCCUGCGCCUACGCCCGAGGCCGUGUACCCAGCCAUACUAGCCACGUGCCGCAAAAUCCACGAUGAAGCCACAGACCUUCUCUACAAAACUCACGUCUUCCACGCCCAUUCGUCGCUCCUUACCUCGCUUCCGCAUCUCAUCUCAGCGGCAAGCCCCAUCGUCUGCCCCUCUGUGAUCUCCAAGAUCAAGCGCUGGCAACUCACUAUCCGCCUCGAUACAGACCCGUGCUUCAACAUGGACCAAGCCACGGCUGCGUUCUCUGGCGCCGAGUAUCUCGAGAUACGCGCGUGGCAGACCAUGUUUGAUGGCUGCGACGCCUCUUUUCUACGAUUGUUCACGGGUGUGAGGGGUGUCAAGGUUGCCAAAGUGGGAGGUAGUGCGAAUCCAGAGUUGGCGAGGUGGUUGGAGGAGAGGAUGAUGCAGCCUAUUGAGCAAAAGGACGAGAAGGUGGCUUGCCUUUGUAAAGCGGAGAGGGGAGAAGGGUGUGGACGGUGUUACAAGGCGGCUGAUGUUGGGCCUGUCGAACAUGAGUGGUUUGGCGGAAAGGAUGUUUGGACAUUUGGCAACCGAUGAGGGA